UCAACCCGAUUCUGACUGGUAGAUGCACGUUUAUGGAGUGGUUGUAACUUGUAACUUAGCACUAACAACGCCUUCAAAACGGUAGCAGCUGCAGACUGCAGUGCAAGAAAAAAGAAAAUAAUCUCUUAGAAGAAUCUAUGGAUAUGAGCUAUUCAGUCUUGUAACACGAGGUGAAAUGGAGAUGGCAGAGUUACCAGGACAUUUUCGUUUCUGCUUGCACACUGGGAAACUUGUCCUUUUGGCAAUUUUGGUCUCUGCAGGAGUCGUCCUGCAGAUUUUGGCAUGUGCCUUGUAUGAUAAUUGGUGGCCAAUGCUAACUGCAAUAACAUAUGUGCUUCUUCCAAUGCCUUUGUUGUUCUUUGCUGCAUCAGAACGUUCUUCUUUAUUUUCUGAAUCAGAUAGCAGCUGGGUGAAUGCAACCAAGUUCUUGGCAGGGGCGUCAGCUGUUGGAAGCAUUGCAAUUCCAGCCAUAUUAAAGCAUUCUGGUGUUAUUGGUUGGGGAGCUCUUGCAAUGGAUGUCUCUUCCUUCUUUGUCUUUGUAUUUGCCAUCAUGUGCUACAUUCGGAUGAGUGGUGAAUAUGAUUACCGUAUUAUUUGAGAUGGGAGCUUAGUGUGGCUUGCUAUGUUAGUCUAAUCACAAGAACUGAUAAAACAUGCAUGGCUAAUGACUACUUUGUAUCAUUCAUAUUGUUUUAUAAUUCAACUCUAAACUCUAAUCCAUGAGUUAUCUCAUCCAUUAUGCAAGGUGACAUGGCUAAAGACCAUGAAGUAAAUUUGUGAAUGGGGCAAUUAUCUUACUUCUUGUCUCAUAGGAUUUCUGUAUUGCUUUUUUCUUAUACAAAGGAUUUCUGUAUAGCUAUAAUAUCAAAAUAAAACUGAUAUAUAAUAUACGAUUGAUUCAUUUUAAGCAA